AUGCCUCACUCCUGUGCUGUGAAGACGUGCAGAAAUAAAGCAAAGCCUGGCUCUGCUUUUUCGUUUCACCGCCUGCCUGUGAGGGAACCAGAGCGGCUCAAACUGUGGCUGUCUGCAUUAAAGGUAGAAAAAAAGACUCCCAUAGAGGAGUUAAAGAAAUGUAUUGUCUGUUCGGAGCAUUUUGCACCGGAGGACUACACCGUGAACGGACAGCCGGGGAGCGAUAGGAUGCACCGUUUCCUGACGCCUACAGCUGUCCCGACCGUCUCCUCUGGCAAGCUUCAACUAAACACUACCGAGGAAUCAGAAAACAGCAGGACCAAGGAUCUUUCAUUGGACUCCUCUGAAGACACCCAGUUUGUCUCUGGAAAGCUGCUUCCCUCACUGCAGCAAUGUGACGUCAAGGUGGAGGAAACAGAGAUACACUCACAGAUCAAAGAGGAGCAGGUGGAUGAGUGCAUCAGUCCAGACGUGGAGGCUGAUACUUCCAAUGACAAUGAAGACAGACAUCCUAAAUCAGAACCGACCACUGACUGGGAGCUGUUACCAUCCUCCAGCACUGAAACUAUGACUGUAAAUGAUGAGACAUGGAAUGAAAGUGACAGUUCAUCGUCGCCUCAUCAUGGUGUUGAAGUCUAUGUGGAACUGGAACAGCCUCCGAGGCAGGAAAAGUCUUGUCGUUUUUGUGGUAAAAGUUUUAAGAGGGACUCUUAUCUGAUCAGACAUGUGGGCAAGAGUCACAAAGGACACAAGGCCUUUAAAUGCUUGGAGUGCAACAAGGAGUUUGAACAACGUUACCAGCUAGUCAUGCACAUAAGAAUUCACACGGGUGAAAAACCCUUUAGUUGUGAUUAUUGUGACAAAACGUUCGUUCAGAACUCAAGUCGACUUGCUCACAUGAGGGUGCAUACUGGGGAAAAGCCAUAUUUUUGUGUAAAGUGUGGGAAAAGUUUUGCCACAAGCAAUCAUUUCAAAUUUUGCAAAGUGCAGAAUGAGUGCCAAAUCACACCAGAAAACGAGGAUGUGGAUGAGAAUCACAAAGAGCAGAAGCCCUUUAAAUGCUUUGAAUGCAAAAAGGCGUUUAAUCAUAAGCACCAGCUAGUUCUGCAUGCAAGAGUUCACAGUGGUGAAAAACCCUUCAGUUGUGAUUUCUGUGGCAAGACGUUCACGCAGAACUCUAAUCGUAUCGUUCACAUGAGACAGCACACUGGAGAGAAACCGUAUUUUUGUAAUAAGUGUGGCAAGAGGUUCGCAAGCAGCCAUCAUCUCAAAUUGUGCACGGGAACAGAACACAAUAGGAUAAACAAAUCCUUUCGUUGCAUCACUUGUGGCAGAAGCUUUCACACAGACUCAGACCUGAAUGUGCACAUGGAGGUUCACGAGUCAUGGAAACGGCACAUCAGUGAGAAACUGCAAGGACAAGAGUUAGAAGAAAAAAAUGUAAAACAUGUCUGAGAGAACAUCAGAGUCUGUGA